AUGCCCUUGGUGAUGCAGGCUGCAGCUCCCAUUGGGUGUUGUGAUUACCCCACCUGCACGUCCUUGCCUUUAUCUAAGACUGCUGCAACGGUUCUCAUGUGUCUCUGUGGACUUGCGGGGAAUGGGAUAGUCAUGUGGUUCCUGGGCUUCCACAUGAAGCAGAACCCUUUCACCGUCUACAUCCUAAAUCUAGCUGUUGCUGACUUCUCUCUGCUCCUCCUGUUUUUUCUGCUCAUCAGCCUAGGUCUCCUGACAGCAAUCAGUGUGGAGCGGUGUAUCUCUGUCUUCUUCCCAAUCUGGUAUCGCUGCCACCGCCCAAAGCACUUAUCAGGUGUCAUGAGUGGGGUGCUCUGGGCUUUCGCUGGUUUUUUUGUUUCCUCAAUGUAUCUUAGCUUUAACUUUGCUGAGAGCUACGAGACAGUAUUUGCAUGUGUAGCCAUUGCAAUUGCCAUUAUUUUGUCAUCAGUGAUGUUGAUUUCCAACCUAUCCCUGUUCAUCAAACUCCGAUGUGGUUCACAGAGACGACACCCAGGGAAACUCUAUGUUGCUGUCCUUCUCAACGUGAUCUUCUUCUUUGCCUUUGGUAUUCCUUUCAGCGUAGAGGUUUUCCUCAACCUUCCAAGUUCGCAUGAAUUGUUUCCUGAACAUACAUCUUUUCUGCUGGCAUUGCUGAACUGCAGCAUCAAUCCAGUCAUUUACUUUCUUGUGGGGAGCUGCCGGCAGCGCAGGUUCCAAGGCUUCAUGAAAGCUGCCUUCCGUCGAGUGUUUGAAGAGAAAGUGGUGAGCGAGGAGAAGAGCCAUGUACCUGAGGACACUGCGAUGGAGACCACUCUAUAA